AUGGUACAUGAAGUUGAAAGACCUCUAGACGUUGCUGAAAGUGUAUCUAAUCUUAAUAUCUACGGAUAUGAGGACGCAGAUGAUGUCCCGUAUUAUGAUAAAGCAAUUCAGGAAAUAAAAAAUGGCUUUCUCUAUCAAUGUUUGAUUUGCACAGUUGAAAUAGACGCCAAAUGUGCGAUGUAUGCAUGUCCUAAAUGUUAUAGAAUCUUUGACUACGAAUGUAUACAAGAAUGGGCUUUGACUUCGACAGCCAAGAGGGCGGAUGGCCUUUGGAAAUGUCCCAAUUGCUACCAUCCAAGUCGGAAGGUGCCAAGAAAGAAUAGACAUACUUGUUGGUGUGGUAAGCAGGUGAACCAAGAACCGAAUCUACUUAACCCCAAUUCUUGUGGACAAACGUGUAAUGCUAAUAUUUGUAAACAUGGGUGUUCCAAAAUAUGUCAUAUUGGUCCUCAUCCGCCUUGUAUGGUAUAUGUUACAGUGAAGUGUAAGUGUGGUAAAAACUCCGCGAAGGUUCAUUGCUCUGAAGUGAAGGCUGGUUAUAAGAAUUACAGAUGCGAAGAAGAGUGUGGGCGUACGUUACCUUGCGGGAUUCAUAAGUGUAAGUCUAUUUGUCAUCGCGGGCGUUGUGGGCCAUGUACCGCUACAAUUAAAGGACCCAUUAAGUGCUAUUGUGGAUCGGAAGAAGCUAAAAAAAUGCUAUGUAAAAACGUGGAUAUAAUUUCAAGAACCAAAUCACGCAAAGGUAAGAGUUGGGUUGCAUCUUUUGCAUGUAAAAAUCUCACAGAAGUUCAAUAUGAUUGUAAAGAACACACGUAUCAGAAUAAAUGUGCACCUCCGUCUUCUCAGAAACUGCCAUGUCCCUAUUCUCCAAAGUUAUGCCGUUCUUGUCCAUGUGGAAAAACAUCACUGAAGGGCUUUGAGCCAAGAAAGAAAUGUACUGAUCCCAUACCAACGUGCACUAAUAUAUGCGGUAAAGAUCUCUCCUGUGGUAAACAUAAAUGCCCAUUGAAAUGCCACACUUCUAAAUGCAUGGAUCCUUGCCUAUUCAUUGAAAAAUCAAAAUGCCUGUGCGAACAGAAGUCGUUCUGUAUACCAUGUCAGUUCAAAGGUCCUCCUCGUUGUAACAUGAAAUGUGAAUCAUUGAUGUCCUGUCGCAGACACAGAUGUCUUGAAAGAUGUUGCUCAGGUAGACCAAAUGCAGUAAAGCGUUCAAAAAGGAGGUUUCAUAGAUCACGAACUGAUGAUUCAGAAAUUGAAGCUGAACAUAUUUGUCUGAAGGGCUGUUAUCUAAAAUUGUCAUGCGGAUUGCACAAUUGCAAUUAUCAAUGCCAUUCCGGUAAAUGUCCUCCUUGUUUAGAAUCUUCAUCGGACGAUUUAGUAUGUCCAUGCGGAAAAACAAUUGUCCCUGCUCCUGUUCGAUGUGGCACAAAGCUUCCUCCUUGUAAUAAUCAGUGCAUUACUACUUUGCGAGGUAAUCGACCUUGUGGCCAUCCUUCACAACCACAUAAAUGUCAUCCAAUUUCUGAAGAGUGUCCACCUUGUACAUAUUUGGUUGAGAAACCAUGUAAGUGUGGCAAGUAUCAGGGAAUAAAAACAGUUUGUUUCCAAGAAGAUGUGUCGUGCUUGCAAAAAUGUGGCAAAGCUCUCGCUAAUUGUCACCAUUUGUGUGAAAAAGCAUGUCAUUUACCUGGUUGCUGUCAAAUUAAAUGCAAUCAAAUAUGUAAACGGCAACUUCAGUGGUGUGAACACAAAUGCGCAGCUGCUUGCCAUAGAAAUCAACCCUGUCCAGAUAUUACAUGUAAAGAAGCUGUAACUGUUUUAUGUGGGUGUGGAAGAAUUGAAAAAUCAAUCCAGUGUGGUGCAAAUAGCGCUACUGAAAGCGCUAAAAUUACCACUGUUCUGCCUUGCGACGAUGACUGUGCAAAACUUAAAAGACACUUAAUGUUGAUGGAGGCAUUCGGUAUCGCUGAUAACCCAUAUACAUCUGAGAAGGCACUUGAGAGCAUGGCAUUGAAGGCGACGUCUUUUGAACAGUUGCAGCUGCCCUAUGAUGAAACUGCGCUUUGCGUUUAUGCCUCACAGCCUGUAUGGUGCUCGCAGAUCGAAUCCUUCUUGAUGAAGCUUAUUAAUGACAAAGAUAGAAUUAGUCUACAUUUUAAGCCGAUGAAAGCCCAACAACGAAGAUUUGUCCAUAGCCUCGCCAGUGCAUUCGCUGUUUAUUCUGAAUCUCAGGAUCAAGAGCCAAAGAGAUCUGUAUUUGUUAAAAAGACACAGUCUUCUUGUGUGCCGUUUAUAACUUUAGCCAAGGCACUACCACUUUACCAAUCAUUCAAAACGCAUGUAAAAGAGCUAAGACAAGCAGAAUGGGAUAAAAACGAAACUAAGACUUUACUUUCCAUACCUAUAGAAGAUCAAAGUGAGGAAGAUAGACGUCAAGUUCGUUUCAAUGCUAUUAUAUUAACAAGAGUUCACCAAGGUAUCGUGGCGACCGUCCGCGAAUGUUUUGAUGAGUAUUUGCGUCAUACAUUAAUACGGAACCCACAAUAUACCUUAAAUGAAGAUAAAAUGCUUAUAUAUCCAGAUAAUUAUUUGGAAAUAUCAACAAAUGUUGAAACGGAUAUUAAAAGAUUGGAGCCAUAUUUUAACAAUAUCUGUAAAGAUAAGCUGCCAGGAUGCACUAUACAGAUUUGUAAACUAGACGCUGAGCUUAAAGAAACAAAGGAUGAAUACUAG